GUCAUCAUUUAUUGUUGCCACUAUAUCCUGUCCUUUCAAUCAUGGCAAGGUGUUGAGUCGUUUGGGUUGUAUUUGGCUUCAUUAACGCACGGGCAUGGGUACUGGCGCGGGGUGUCCAGGGCUAUCAUGCCCAGUGGGUGUGGCUCUCUUUGCAGCAUACAGCGAUGAUUCCCCCUUGUGCGAUUUGCUUGUUUAUCAUUGUACCGGAGUAUGGAGAACGGUCUUUCUUUUCGUUGCAAUUGUACGCAUUGCCUUGGCCUUGCGCCUACCUUCGCCCCUUGUUACCUUGGAUCUUCUCGACCAGCUGGUCAUAUUUCGGAGUAUGGCAAAGAGUUCAACCACGGCCUUUUCCCGUCACGUGCCAGGAACUGUAAAGCUUGUCGCUACUAUUAUGAAUCCUCAAAACGCGUGCAUUCCUAGCUCUGUUCUGCUGAGUACAAGGCGUUCCUUGUAUGGCUGCGGCUCGCCGCAGGUUCUUUCCAAGUCAUGGAACGGAAUCAAAUUCGGAGCUCUUUGCACUAGGUACACGCACCAGUUGGGUUCCGUGGCAUAUUGCUGUGACAGCAGCUGCUUACCUUCUUUGCGCGUUUGCUCGGAGUCAAUAUCACGGCCUCGUAAUGUUCAAUAAUGUCCAAUUCCAUGCUUAUGCGUAAAAUAUGUUGGUGAAAGUCUAGUACCCAGGUAGUAAUCCAUAAAGGUCAAUUUGAAAGUUCGAAUCAAGGUUUCACGCUGC